UUGUGUAUUUCCGGGUCAAGGAUUUUCUACAUCCGCUUUUUUACGAGACGUGUUCUACUUAGUGUGGAAAAGAUGGCCGUGGAGAAAGCGAAUGAAGCGAAAACACCAUCGAUGGAGGAAAAUAAGGAGAACAAAAUAGACGAGGGCCUUGCUCUAGAAAUCCUCCAGAUCAUAAAAGAUUCCCAGCAGCAGCAUGGACUCAGGCAUGGAGACUACCAGCGCUACAGGGGAUAUUGCUCCCGAAGACUGCGUCGUCUGCGCAAGACGCUGGGCUUCAGGAUGGGCAACCGGCACAAGUUCACGGGCAAAAAAGUGACCGUGGAGAUCCUGUCAGACAGUCGAUAUCUGUUGCUGGUUGUGAUGGAAGCCGAGCGGGCGUGGAGUUACGCCAUGCAGCUGAAGCAGGAGGCCAACACGGAGCCACGGAAACGCUUCCACCUGAUGGCGCGUCUCCGGAAGGCAGCCAAGCACGGAGAGAAGCUGGAGAAGCUGUGUGAGAGCCAGCGCGUCGAUGCCAAGACCAAACUAGAGGCCCAGGCGUACUCUGCCUACCUGACCGGCAUGGUCCAGUUCGAAAUGCAGGAGUGGAAAUCUGCAAUGGAGGCCUUCAACAAAUGCAAGACUAUUUACCUGAAGCUGGCGAGUGCGUUCACUGAGGAGCAGGCUGUUCUGUACCACCAGAGAGUGGAGGAGAUCUCCCCCAACAUCCGCUACUGUGCAUACAACAUCGGUGACCAGAACGCUAUAAAUGACCUCAUGCAGAUGAGGCUCAGUGCAGGAGGCGGCGGAGGCAUGAUGGCGGAGAAGCUUGAGGCUCUGAUCACUCAGACACGAGCGAAGCAGGCAGCCACCAUGAGCGAGGUGGAGUGGAGGGGUCGCGCUGUUCCCGUUAAAAUCGAUAAAGCCCGGAUCUUUCUCCUGGGGCUGGCUGACAACGAGGCUGCCAUUGCACAGGCAGCCAAUGAUGAGACGAAAGAGCGCCUGUAUGAGACUCUGUUGGCUGAGUGCAGAGACACCAUCCAGGCUGUGAGAGAGGAACUGCGCACUGAUGUGAAGCAGAGAGAGAGGGCUGCAGACAGUGCAGAGAGUGGAAAAGUCUCCAACCUGCAGUACCUGCACAGCUACCUGACCUACAUAAAGCUGUGGACAGUGGUGAAGAGGAAUGAGAGCAUGGCUCGGGCGUUGCAGGCGAAACUGAAGGAGCCACAGACGGACGAGAACAAGAGAGGACCACGACCCCAAGACCUGAUCCGGCUUUACGAGAUCAUUUUGCAGAGCCUGGCAGAGCUUUCUACCCUGCAGGGUUUGGAGGAGGACCAUGCCUUCCAGAAAGAGGUGGCCCUUAAGACGCUGGUCUACAAAGCUUACAGGUGCUUCUUCAUUGCCCAGUCAUAUGUUGUGGUAAAGAAGUGGAGCGAGGCAUUAGUUCUGUAUGAAAGAGUGCUGAAAUACGCCAGAGAGGUCCAGUCCAAGGCCAAAAACCUCAAUAACAGCCUCAAGGAUCUUCCGGAUGUUCAGGAACUCAUAGCUGAAGUCAACUCUGAGAAAUACUCCCUUCAGGCGGCAGCCAUUUUGGAUAAAGAGGAUGUGACUGAAGCUCCUGCUCAGCAGCAGGUCAAAGAUAACAAGCCUCUCUCUGAGCGAUUGGAGACCUUCCAUCUUGACCCAUCCCUCCUCGGCAAGCAGUCCAAUCUUGUCCCGUUUCCGCCGGACUUCCAGCCAAUCCCGUGCAAGCCUCUGUUCUUCGACCUGGCCCUCAACCACGUGGCCUUUCCACCGCUGGACGAUAAGGUGGAGCAGAAGGGCAAGGGCGGUCUCACCGGCUACAUCAAGGGCAUCUUCGGCUUUGGCAGCUAAAUCGAGGCUUCGCUCGGCCUCGAACCUGAGAGCUGGAGGGAGUCAGAGCACGAUCUGGACUUGCUCCCUUAAUCCCUUCCCUGUCUGUUUGUCAUAUUCUUCUGAAAUCAGUUGUCACUGUCUUUCACUCCAUGACCUGCAGGGUCACAGAUGUGCACAGUGAAGGGUUUACCUGAUUCACCAAAGCCCAAAUCAACUCAGCAAACGCAAUGGGUUGUAUUGUGUGGUGAACAAGGAAGCAAUUUUAUGUGCAAAAAUGUGGCCAUAUAGGUUUGGGAGAAAAGAACACUAGUGUGUGUGUAUAGUAGUGGUAUUGAAUUCAUAUUCACGGUGGGUUCUACCACAAUGUCUAGAUCUAUUUUAUUUAUGCAAGAAGGGAGUAGGGCACAAGGGUCGGGGGCAAUUUCGGACUAUUCCAAGCUCAAGGGUCCAUGUCUUUUCUCCAUUUAGUGCAAAAAAUGAUAUUAAUUUAGUAUCCUUUAAAGAAUUUUGUUUCGUUUUAAACUCAGCUGACCAGGUUUAAUACACAAGUAAGCCUUUGUUUCACAGGUACAGAGAAAUGUACACUAGACACAGUAAACCAGGAAGAGGCAGUUUGUCAGUCUGCAUCUGGAACUGACAUAACUGGCAGGUUAAUUAUCCGGCAAAUGUGGAAAGAACUCAAACACAGAGCCGGUGCUGGUUCACGGCAUUAAAAAAAAAAAACACCAUGAAGGAGGUUUUUUUACCAUCCAAAUCAUUACGUUUUCAUAAAGCAUAAAGAUAGAUUUAUGAAAGCAUAAAGCAUAAGCUUUUCAUAAAGCAUAAAGAUAGAGCGAUGGACAACAAGUAUGCUGCAGAUCAUUGCUAGGGAUGCAUCGAUACCUUCCCCAACCCCAGAUCGAGUACCAGUAAAUGAUUUGUGGUACUCAUUGAUACAAAUACCAAAAUGAGUAACCUGCUUAGUAGUAAGCAAUCAGGGGCAUCAUGGAAUAUUUCAUUUAACUCUGUUUAUGUAAUUUGCUGCUGUGGCUGCUAGCAGUGAGCUCCUCGUGCUCAGCUUUAACAGUAUCUUUAAUACAGAGUACAAGAGAUUUUACUGCUCUACGCAGAGUCUUAUUAAAUGACCAUGUGUGCUUAUACAGCUCUGCGUGCUCAGGUCAGCCACCCUUGAACUCUCUAUUAAAGAUAAUAUUGAAGCCCCAUAAAGAUGUUUUGAUGAUACAAUCAGGUCACCUGUGUUGCAGGAAGAUGAUGGAUCUUGAUAUUUUCACAAAGCACAGUUUGCUUUGUGAAGCACGUCUAGAUGGCUGUCAUUUCAUGUCGUCUGUUCAUUAGCACGGCGGUGUACACUACGAUACGUAGUAUCACAUGGUAUUUUCGCUUAUUUAUGAGUAUAAACCAGUAUGUGUAUCGAUGCAUCCCUAAUCACUGCGUGUUUGUUGCAUUUGCCAGUAAAAUGAUUGUCCUACACAGACCACUGAUUCAUGGCUACAAUAUGAAUUUUGCUGCCUUUUACAACAAUAUUAUUUUUGAAUCCCUGCUCACAUCCAUUUUUUUCCAAAGUAACUUGCAUUUUAAUGCUGGAACUGAACUGAUUUGGUACCAGCUUCUUAUCCGGUAGAGGAGCAUUGAAUGAUGCCAGAUUAAGCACCAACACUGGCACCUUGGCUGUGGCCAAAAAUGACUAUAUGUCAGUAUGGAAUGGAGGGUUUUAAAAUCCAUACAUCAGUCUCCUCAGACAUAUGUAUUGUCUUAAUUUGUAGAUUUGUAGAUUAAAUUAUAAUCUGUAACAUUACUUUGAAAAUAGUCAUUAAUCAUUUUGUACACAGUCAGCAUUUAUCAAAUACAUGUUCUUUAAAGACUGACUUCAGUAGCUGGCCAUAUAUAGGGAGGAAAUACUUUUCCUAGGUUAGAGUAGUCCUAUAGGUUUUCUUUGUCCUCACUUUUGAGAACCUACAGAGGAAAUUUAACAUUUUUUCCCCAUGACUACUAAGUUUACUGGUCUCUCUCAGCGUGACUGUAGACAGGUGCUGCUGUUGCUCGUAUCGACUCGUACCAAAGCAAAUCUCUGCCGUCAUUUUUGCGUCUCGUCACUUACUGACAGCGUCUCUACUGUCUCAUCUACUAUUUCUAUUUUAUUAUCUGUUAUUGAUAAUUUCUGGCUUACUUGUUGUACCCUGACUGAUAUUUUUUCUUUUUAAAUGUUUUAUGAGCAAAAUGGUGGCGAUUAUUAGGAGGAAGGGGCUGAAUGGCUGAAAAUGUUUUCUGCUGUGAUCUCAUUUACAAUUGUCAGCAAGAUAAUACAUGAAAUGAAAGUUGGUUUAAGUGCUCCUAAUUAAAAGAAUAAACCAUAAAUGAAGAAGCA